CCGAUCGGCGCCGGGACAAAGGCGCGCGGCCCCCGGCGCCCCGAGCCGCCCGAGCCGGGGCGCACCGCCGCCCGAGCCGCGGGGCGCAGCGCGCGCGCCCCCCGCCGCGCCUGACAUGAUGUUUCCACAAAGCAGGCAUUCGGGAUCCUCGCACUUACCCCAGCAGCUCAAAUUCACCACGUCCGACUCAUGCGAUCGCAUCAAAGACGAGUUCCAGCUGCUGCAGGCGCAGUAUCACAGCCUGAAGCUGGAAUGUGACAAGCUGGCCAGUGAGAAGUCGGAGAUGCAGCGCCACUACGUGAUGUACUAUGAGAUGUCUUACGGCCUGAACAUUGAAAUGCACAAACAGGCUGAAAUUGUCAAGAGGCUGAACGGGAUUUGCGCCCAGGUUCUCCCCUACCUGUCUCAAGAGCACCAGCAGCAGGUCCUAGGUGCCAUCGAGAGGGCCAAGCAGGUGACAGCGCCAGAGCUGAAUUCCAUCAUCAGGCAGCAGCUCCAGGCCCACCAGCUGUCGCAGCUGCAGGCGCUGGCACUGCCCCUGACGCCGCUGCCGGUGGGCCUGCAGCCGCCCUCGCUGCCAGCCGCCGUGAGCGCAGGCACCGGCCUCCUGUCACUGUCUGCGCUUGGGCCCCAGGCGCACCUGGCCAAGGAGGACAAGAACGGGCACGAUGGGGACGCGCACCAGGAUGAGGACGGCGACAAGUCGGAUUAGGGGGUUGGAGGGGCAGGGGCCGCCCGAGACCCCCCUCUUGAACCCGAGCCAGGUGGAGGCUGAGAGCACGCAGACACGGGGCAGCUCCCCCCUGCCGCCCACCCCUGAUCCCUUCCCACCCCACGCCCAGCCACCCAACUGCUCUUCUCCUGCACCCCAGGCGGCACAUCUGACCCGGGGUGCCCCCCAAAGUCAGCAGGGCAGUCCCUCACACCCCCACUCAAGCCCACCCUCACCUGGCACUGCAUGCACCAUGCGAGCUGCUCCCUCUUCUGGGCACCUGACCCGACCCUCCACCACCCCGCUGCACCGCCUGUCAAUUCCCGCCGCCCACUCCUGUCCCCCCUCCAGUCCCCCCUCCGCCCUGACACGGGUGUAGGGGGCAGGGAAGCUAAAGCUUAGCUGGGAAGAGCAGGGGAGGGGGGCGGGCCCCAACUUUCUCUUUCUCCCCUUCCCAAAUAAAGAUGAGGGUACUCCA